AUGGCUGGUAGUGAAGCUGAGUGGUUGAAAAACUUCUUAGCAAACAUUCCAUUAGGAAUGAAAAUGAUCCCGUCUGUCACUGUGGUGUAUGAUUUGCAGCAUACGCUUGAUGAAGUCACCUAUAUAAGUGUCGAGUGGGGUCCCUAUCGCCUGAAGCUAUCGAAGCUGCAUAUCACCCUCAAGACCAUCAACUACUACUUUCCUUUUAAGGCUAUAAAUAAAUACACCACAACAAGACAUAUAUGGAAGAAACAAGGUAAUGAUGUGAAUUGCACCAAACCUGCCAGUUCCACAAGCAAGACAAUGAAGGCGUCCCUGCUUCCCAUCCUCCAAUUAACUCCUCUUCUGUGGGACAUUAUCGUUGAUGAGCUUCGCAAAGUUAACAACGGCUUUCUUCAAAGCGUCGUACCUCGAGUGCUUGGAGGGCCUCCUCUCAGGGGGUCCACCAACUCACGCUUGAGGGUGGCAUCGCCGCCGGAUGGCGGAUGGCGGAGGCUUGUUGUGGAGAGAGGACUUGGGAUGGUUGCCGCCGGCCAUCCUGCGGGGAGGAGGUUGGAGGGGAUCUUUGCCAAACCGGCUUACUUUCAAUGCUGGGCUCUGCUUUCUCUGCUUUAA